GGUAAAGUGAGUCAGAAUGCAAAGAUUUUUGCCCACAUCAAAAUUUUUGUGCCGAUGAAUAUAUAAAAAAAUAGAUACAUUGUCAAUUUUUUACAAACGAUCAUUAACAAAUUUUUUCACUAAGCAAGCCAGAAGUUUGUUUAACAUUUUGCAAAUCUUACUUAAAUAUUAAAUAAUUCCUCUGCCGCUGCAAAAAAUUAAAUCGAUUAACAUAAAAUAAUCGAUUUGACGGGUCGAUUGAUAAGGAAAGAGACGGAUCGGAGGUGCGUAAAGAAGAAAAUUAAAAGUGAAUGAAAAAAAUUAUUAAGGUUAAAACAAACGCGGUACUCGACAAGAAAGAAACUACUGCGGGCGUGAACAGCGAGACUACAGUCGCAAAAAAAAUUGAAGACGGAAAAAGCGAGGGUCAGGUCACGCCAAACAUGCGUGGUAUAUUAUUGGUGUAGCAGCAUAUGAGAGUAUUUUUCGAAGAACUGCGUUUUGUAUAUCCAUGUCGAUUUCUCGUUUUCCCAACGUCCGUAACGACCGUGAGCGAUUUGUCGAGUGUGAUCAUAUACUAUUUGUUACGUUAAUUUAGGAAAAAUACAUUUUAAUUGUUCUACAUCUCUGCUGCACGAUGACACAGACAGUUGAAAUGGGCGAGUGUGUUAUAUUCAACACAAUAUCUGCAUUGCGAAAGGGAGACUUUGAAGCAGUUGGUGCGUCAGUAUUACACGCAGCAAGUCAUACUAGAUUGAGAACUCAAUUUGAAAGAAAUACAGAGACCGGACAGGUUUCCGAGUCUUCUGACGAUGAAGAAAACUUGGAGGAUCAGUUUGAGGAUGAUUUGGAGUAUUUGCGAUCUUUGGAUCCUAAAGAAUGGAAAGAGCAAGAUCAUUAUGCCGUUUUGGGAUUGAGGAAACUCCGGCACAAGGCUACGGAAGAUAUAAUCAAGAGGGCUUAUAAGCAAAAAAUCCUGAAACACCAUCCCGACAAAAGAAAGGCAAUGGGCGAAGAAAUACGCGAAGAUGACGAUUAUUUCACUUGUAUAACCCGAGCCUGGGAAAUGCUCGGUAAUCCAGUAAAGCGUCGCAGUUACGAUAGCGUUGAUUCGCACUUCAGUGACGACUUGCCAGACGAAAAAGAUGCCAAAAAUAACUUUUAUGAAACUAUGGGACGUGCCUUCGAAGAUAAUGCUAGAUGGUCCGUCAAAAAGCCUGUUCCCCAACUGGGCGAUUCAAAUACUUCGCGAGAUCAAGUCGAACGCUUUUACUCCUUCUGGUACGAGUUUGAAUCGUGGCGCGAGUACUCGUAUCUCGAUGAAGAGGACAAGGAAAGUGGGCAAGAUCGGGACAUGCGAAAAUGGAUCGAGAAGAAAAACAAAGCGACACGAGCCAAGCGAAAGAAAGAAGAAAUGGCGCGGAUACGUUCGUUGGUGGAUAUCGCGUACAACGCAGAUCCAAGAAUAAAGAAAUUCCAGCAAGAGGACAAGGAUCGAAAGACAGCAGCGAAAAGAGCGAAGCAAGAGGCAGCGAAGGCUCGCCAACAGGAAGAGGAAAGAUUGGCACGCGAAGCAGCUGAGAAAGAACGCAAGGAGCGUGAGAAACGAGACGCCGAGGAAAAAGCGCGAAACGACGUUCUCAAGCAAGAAAGAGAGACAUUGAAAAAAGCCUUGAAGAAAGAGCGUAAAGCGCUUCGUGAUUUGUGCAAAAGCAAUGAUUAUUUCGCAGAGAGUCCUUUGGAGAGUAUACGAAAUAUGGAGAGCGUAGAGAAAAUAUGCGAGUUGUUUAAGCUCGCGCAGCUCGAGGAAGCCAUUAAAGAUUUGCAGGCUAACGGUCGCAAAGCGUUCGUCGACAUAGUGUCUGAAACAGAGAAAAGAAUGGAGGCCGAAAGACGAGUUGGUUUGAUAAACAACGAUCCACGUUCCACACCGGAAAAACAAGUGAAAGCACAUUUGGUGCCUUGGACCGAGCACGAUUUGCAAUUGCUCAUAAAAGCAGUUAAUCUUUUUCCGGCUGGUACGAAUCAACGGUGGGACGUUGUCGCUAAUUUCAUAAAUCAACAUGGCAAUUCAUCAAACGGUGUUAAGCGCGACGCCAAGGAAGUAUUAGCCAAAGCAAAGGAUUUACAGUCCACCGAUUUCAGUAAAUCGAGCUUAAAAGAACAAGCGAAUAAAAAGGCUUACGACAACUUUGUCGCUGAAAAAAAGAGCAAGGAAGCGAUUGAUGAAAGAAUGCCCGCUUAUACGGAGCGUCUCGACAAUCCUAUCUCAAACGGUACUGCGGACGAAGUCAGGAAAGAAGAAACAUCUUCGCAGCAACAACAACCCCAACAACAAACAACUACAACAGCCGCUGUUUCACAGCCUUGGACACCUGCGGAACAGAAGCUCUUGGAACAAGCUCUCAAAACUUAUUCGGCACCUGUUGCCGAUCGAUGGGAUCAGAUUGCGAGUUGCAUACCCACGAGAACGAAGAAGGAAUGCAUGAGACGAUACAAGGAACUUGUGGAGCUCAUCAAAGCGAAAAAAGCAGCUCAAGUUAUGAAAUAAUAGUGAAUCGAUCCCCCCCCCCCCCCCCCUCCCCCAGCCCCGUUUAGUUUAGCUGAUUUUCAUAACCUCAUCCACAUCUGACUUACGUUUUUUGGUGUUUUUUUCUUUAUUGACGAAAUGGAAAUUCCAUUAUCUCGGAGUCAAGUUUUUGCCAGAAAUAAAAGAAGAAUAAAAAAAAACGGCGUUGUACUUCUCCAUAAGCGUCAAUUGUCUUCACCGAAAUUCAGUAUAUACAUAAAAAAAAAUCUCCAACAGUCUGUAUAUUGUUAUGUAAAAUAAUAGAAAGAUACCUAUGAUACAGUGAGAA